UGGGAGGAUCAGCUCCGUGUGAUGGGAAAAACGUCUCCCAGACAGACUUUACACACUGUGCACUGGGUCAGAUCAGCCGGACACUUCGACACCACGGGGCUCGGCGACAAAGGCAGCAUGAAAAGACUGGAGUGCAUCUGAAUCUGUUGACUGUCAGAGAGGAGCGCAGCGUCAUGUCCGAGACGUUCGACUGUGACAGCUGUAAGGAGUCUCUGUACAGCAGGAAAUACAUCCAGGUGGAUGACGUUCCCCACUGCGUCCCCUGUUACGACCGUCUGUACGCAAACACCUGCCAGGAGUGCAAAGAGCUCAUCAAUCACAACUCACGGGAGCUGUAUUACGAGGACAGGCAUUAUCACGAACACUGUUUCCGCUGCUCGCGUUGUCGACGUUCGCUGGCGGACGAGCCGUUCACCUGUCAGGAAGACGCCCUGGUGUGUAACGACUGUUACUGCAAUGAGUUUUCAUCCAAAUGUGUGGCCUGCGGGAAGACUGUGAUGCCAGGCUCCAAGCGGCUGGAGUAUGGAGGCUGUGCGUGGCACGAGGAAUGCUUUGUUUGUUGUGGUUGUGAGCAGCCCAUCGGCGCCCAGUCGUUCAUCCCAGACAAGGGCGAGUACUACUGCGUGCCCUGCUACGAGGGACGAUUCGCCCCGCGCUGUGCCCACUGCAAACAGAUGUUGGUUCAGGGUGGUGUCACAUAUAGAGACGAGCCCUGGCAUAAAGAAUGUUUCUUGUGCACGGGGUGUAAAGUGCAGCUCGCCGGACAGCCUUUCACCACACAGGGCGAAGAUCCAUACUGCGUGAAGUGCUUCAGCAACCUGUACGCCCAAAAAUGUUCUGCCUGUGACAAACCCAUCACAGGUUUCGGAGAAGGGAAGUACGUCUCGUUUGAGGAGCGUCAGUGGCAUCAGCCGUGUUUUAAGUGCUCUGAGUGUUCGGUGUCUCUGGUUGGAGCAGGAUUCUUCCCAGAUGGAACAAAGAUCCUCUGCAAAAGCUGCAAUGCCAAAUAACCCACAACUGCUUCUUUUAAAUGCGCUGAAGCUGAUUGUUAACAGACCUUUGUGUAAUAUAAACACACUUAUGAAACGGUUGGCGUCAUUUAAACAUGACGUGCAUUAAUGUUUUGCUGUUACAUUCUCUCAAAUCCGUUUGAUCAGGUCGGAGCAUUUUAUGGUUGAUAAACUCAAAUCAUUCGAACCAAGCAUGCGUACACGCCAAAGGCUCCGUAUCCUGAGAUGUUGUUUUUGUCAUUAGUCUUUUGAAUUUAGAUUUGCGUAAUUUUCCAUGCGUUUGCAUAAACUUCAGGCCUUUUAAAUUCCCUCCAACAGCAACAUUCCUCAACGAAAUUUACAUUUGGACAAAACACACUUACCCAAAUUAUUGUUAAUACGUGAAGACAUUAAAGUGCCCUUAUUGUGGGUUUUUGAAAAUGAGCUUUCAUGUGAUGUGAAUAAAAAACAUGCAGAGCGUGUUAAGUUAUCGUGGCUCUGAAGAAAGAGUCGAGUCUGAAACGAGUCGAUUAUAAAACGAGUCCCAAGCCGUUUCAUGUCAAAAUUAAACAUUAGCGUAUUUUUGGCUAUUUUCUUGUUGAUCUGAAUGAAAAUGCAAAUUCAUUCUUUGCCACUAGCUCAGAAACACUGCCUUAAAUGAAAUCGACUAGAAAAAUGAUUCAUUGAACGAAUCAGCUAAAAAGGAAAGCAUAUUGUAAGACAAUGAAAGUGUUUUUGACUUUGUAUGCACUUCAACCUGUUGUUCGGGACUCUCAAGACCAAAAUAUGAACCUUCAUAACCCAUAAUAGAGGCACUUGAAUCGUGUAAUCAUGCAAUAUAGACAGAAUAUGUUGUUGGUGAAACUGUAAAUUAUUUUAAUGCACCAAUGCACGCCUUUAAUAAUUCUCACAUAAAAUAUUCGCACAUUCCUAUUUAUGUCGCUUUCAAUAGAUAUUUUUGAUGAUAUUUACGUAUGUUUGAUGUAUUUUUGCACAUGAAUGCUUUCUGUAGAACUGCACCUGCUUAUUGCAUUUCCUUUUCGUAAUUUUCAAAUAUCAUUUAAGGUUCAGUCUAAUUAUGUUUUCCAGAAACCACGGAUUUAACUACAUUCCUGUGAUCAAACAUGUAAGGGUUAAACUAAUACGACGUGUAACGCCACCCUACAACACUGCUCUUAUGCAGUUUUCCAUGUGAAGUCAAUUCCAAUAAUUUGCUUUUAGUUAUGCUUGAUUUUGUCUCAUGUGAAACAUUUAUUUUUACUUUACUCUUUGCCCCUUUACCAGAUGCCAAAUUUAAAAAAAAAAAUGUUUUUCCCAAAUAAGGGCAAACAGCACCUAAAAAUGACGAUGAAAUGUUUUUUUUAAUUUUUUAUAAUUGAUGCUAGAAAGUUUCUCACCGCAGGAAGUUGAAGCACAAAGAGCAGGAAGUUCAGGUGGUACCUUAGUGUGGAUGUAGUGGUCCCAGCAGCUCAAUACUUCAACGCCGUCACACUAAACACCGUGAUCAGAUUUUCCACACGCAUCCACUUGAAAACAUGGGCUGAUAGAGACUGUGAUGCUUAAAAGGAACGUCUUCGUGACUUUGCAUUAGAUACUAAAUAUCAGAUCAAGCCUACUACUCCUAAAGUUCACACAGGUGUCUACAAAACACUAAUCCUGUUAUUUUGUUAUUUUAAACAAAUGCAGCUUAGUUUGAUGUUUCGUUAUAUAACGCAGUGACAAUCAUCUAAUUUGUACGAGUACGAAUAUCCUAUUUUGCCUUAAAACAAAACUAUGAAGAUGAAAAAUAUGAGAAAAAACUGUAGACAUUAGUUAAAAAAAUUCUCAUGACUCUUGCCUUAGAUGCAGUUGACCCUGUUUAUAGAAAUAUGAAAAUUAUUAGUUUCCCUUAGUUUGUCCCAAGGGAGACUCUGGGUCCUACUCAAGCUGUACUCUGGGGUUUUUUGGUUACAUCUUGUGUCCUAAUCCUCAGCGGAUGAAACAUUUCUCCUUCUGUCUCUGGUAAAACCAUCUGAUCUACUCACUGUAACCACCCAGUCCGUCAUGUGUUAAACACAACAGUGCAUGCUCAAACCGUCUCUGUGUGAAAUACUAAGUAUUUUUAUUUGAUUUUUAUUGUACAAGGCAGUUUUAAAGCUUUUAAGGAUCCAAUGAGGAAAAUAUUUUUCAGACACAGCACUCGUAGAAUUUCUAGCCAAACUAUAUUCACUAAAUAAAACUAUAUAGAAUAGUUUUCAUAGUUGCCCAACAAUUUUAUUAUGACAUUUCUUUUAUAAUUUAAUAAUAAAGGUUUUUACGUGACUGUA